AUGCCCUCAAUCCACCCUAUUCCCCUACUCCUCACUAACCACCACCAAACCACAGGCUUCUACCACUCCGACCGUCCCCUAACGCAACAAGCCCUCGCCCGCACCCUCAGCUACAGCCUCGUCCCAACCCUCCCCCGGAGCACCUUGCACCGCUUCCUCCGCGCCUUCUGGAUAACCAUCGGCCGGGACUUCCACUCGCUCGACCGUCUCCGUCUAGACAAGUACCUAUUCCUGAUCCGUUGCUACGUGGGCGUUGCAUUCGAGGUGCUCCUCAAGCCCCAAUCCACCACCACCACAUCCACAAACGGCGGCAAGCGCAAAAGAGAAGAAGAGCCUACAUCCUCGAAGCGGAACAAGAAGAACAACAACAAGAACAAGAAACAACAACAACAGCAACAAACCCAACAACAAUCCGAAGAGUCAACGACAUCAACCGAACCCCAAGAUUGGACAGCCCUUGAAUCCUACAUCAACAUCAUCGAAGAAGGACCCCUGUGCCCAUUGAACUUCGACCCGGAUCAACCGCCCAUGAAUGAGAAGGCGGAUUACGUGCCGAUGCCGCACGGACCGGACGGAUUGCGGUACCAUGUGAUGGAUGUGUGGAUUGAUGAGUUGGAGAAGGUGUUGGAGUUUGAGGAGAUUGAAGGGGCGGAGGAAGGGCAACAGACGAAGAAGAUCAAGGGCGGAGUGCCCAUGGAGCUUUUGUUGAGGCCGAUUGAGAAGUUGAAGAAGGAGAGUGGGUAUAAGCCUGUGCGGGUUCGGGCUGCGGAGACGUUGGAUGAUGAGCGGUUGGUUGAGUGGGGGGUUAAGGAGAGGAAGGUGGUGGAGGAGAGUAGUGAUGAGGAGUGGGAUGGGUUUGAUUGA